AUGGUGAUGAUCACUACUGUUGACUCAGAUGCGACCUAUGUUGCCGCAUCUCUAGCUAAACUGGACCUCAUCUUUGAGAGAUUUCUGGCUACCAUAGCAGCAGGGCAGUUAUGCAAGCAGCCACCUACAGCGACUAAACCUGAAGCAUCAAAGCAACCUUCUUGUGUACAACGGCCCACUGCACCCUCUAAGCCCACACACAGCCUGGCAGAUCGACGCGAGCCCACCCCCUACCUUGCAGAUACCAGGGCUGCUCACAACUGGCUGUCGCCCAGGACCAGAAAGGCCCAAUCUGAAGUCUAUGGCAAUGAGGAGCUCGCUCAGGGCCCAGGGUGCUAG